AUGGGGAAAGCGUUCGAUGAAGGCCGAAUGAAUAUUCCACAGCCAGCAGCAGUUGGAGAAGAAGGCCUGAUUUUACCAUACUGUCUUGUGGGAGACGAAGCUUUCCUCUUAAAGCCAUACUUGCUUCGCCCAUAUCCAGGUAGAGGACUUACACCAAAACAAGACGUGUACAAUUAUCGUCUCAGUCGUGCAAGACGGACAAUUGAAAACACAUUUGGUAUACUAGCCAGUCAAUGGAGAGUAUAUAGAAAACCAAUAAUCGCCGCUCCUGAAAACGCAAAACAGAUGGUUCCAUUUGUUUGCAUAAUUGAUUUCGUCGACAGGAUAUUGACGUAA